AUUUAAUUGUUCUAUGUUAUUGUUUUUUACCCAUUAGCAGAAUUCUAGCUUGAAUUGUUUAUAUGGUUAUGGUCUUUGGUUACAGCAAUUUGGACAUGAAUGCUUUACGUCCCAGUGUUUUUCACAAUUUUUUCUUUAAUAACUUUGAAUGGUGGUGUUAAUUAAUGGAUGCUAUGCAAGUUUUCAUUUUAAAGUACUCAUUUAGGUGGCAUUCUCGCAUAGGGAUUGAUGGUCAGGUGACUUUAGAUGGUCCAAUUGAGCAAGUAGCCAGGGUGGAGGCUGAAGAGGCAGAGAAUUUACUGAGAGACUUGGGAAUCCCGAGUCCUUCAGCUGCAAGGCAUUCACCACGAGGCAUUUUUUGUAGCCGCACAUUAAAUCUGCGCUCAAUUAGUGCCAUUGGAUACGACAUGGAUUACACUUUAAUGCACUAUAAUGUUAUGGCUUGGGAAGGGCGGGCUUAUGAUUACUGCAUGGACAAUCUAAGGAAUAUGGGCUACCCUGUUGAUGGACUUGCCUUUGAUCCAGACUUGGUGAUAAGAGGUCUGGUCAUAGACAGAGAGAAUGGAAAUUUGGUUAAGGCUGAUCGAUUUGGUUAUGUAAAGAGGGCCAUGCAUGGCACAAAGAUGCUAUCUACUCAAGCUGUCAGUGAGUUGUAUGGGAGGGAACUGGUGGAUUUGCGAAAGGAGAGCCGAUGGGAGUUCCUCAACACACUAUUUUCUGUGUCAGAAGCGGUGGCUUACAUGCAGAUGGUUGACAGAUUGGAUGAAGGAGCUAUUCCUGCAGAUCUUGGUCCGCUUGAUUAUAAGGGACUUUACAAGGCUGUUGGAAAGGCUCUUUUCAGGGCACAUGUAGAAGGUCAGCUGAAGAACGAGAUUAUGUCCAAACCUGAAGUAUUUGUGGAGCCUGAUCCUGAGCUACCUUUAGCACUUCUGGAUCAAAAGGAGGCUGGUAAAAAGUUGCUGCUUAUUACAAACUCAGAUUAUCAUUACACGGACAAAAUGAUGCAGCAUUCUUUCAACAGAUUCCUUCCGAAUGACAUGGGCUGGAGAGAUCUAUUUGACAUGGUGAUAGUCUCAGCAAGGAAGCCAGAGUUCUUUCAAAUGUCACACCCAUUGUAUGAGGUAGUGACUGGUGAGGGUCUAAUGCGUCCAUGCUUCAAGGCUCAUACUGGGGGCUUGUACUCGGGAGGAAGUGCUCAAAUGGUUGAAAACUCUCUAGGCAUCCAUGGAGAUGAAAUAUUGUAUGUUGGCGAUCAUAUUUACACUGAUGUUAGUCAAUCCAAAGUUCAUCUACGAUGGCGAACGGCAUUAAUUUGUCGAGAAUUAGAGGAAGAGUAUAGUGCUUUAAUUCAAAGUCGGAGUCAUCGAGCUACUCUUAUAGACCUUAUAAAUCAAAAGGAGGUUGUGGGAGAUCUCUUCAACCAACUUCGGCUGGCUUUGCAACGGCGAAUUAAAGAUCGUCCUGCUCAAACCCUUGCUGCAACUAACAUGGAUGAGCAAGAACUCACAGAUAGCAUGCAAAAACUUCUUAUUGUCAUGCAAAGACUAGAUGAGAAGAUUGCUCCAAUGCUGGAAGCUGAUGGAGAGCUCUUCAACAAUAGGUGGGGCUUUCUCUCUCGUGCAGGUCUGUGGGAUAAAAGCCACUUGAUGAGACAGAUUGAGAAGUAUGCUGAUAUAUACACCUCUCGGGUCUCCAAUUUCCUUCAUUAUACACCCUUCAUGUAUUUCCGCUCACAAGAGCAGACGCUUGCUCAUGAUUCAUAUUCCUAUGAAAAUUAGCUGAAUGAGUCUGCUGCCACCACGACUUUUCAAGAAGAUUUUGUUUUUAACAUGUUGUGUAUUGUGGAUGAUAGAAUUGUCAUAACAAAUUUGUAGUGUUAUAAUGGUCCACUGGUCUAGGACUUGAAGACAUUGCUUAAAUAGAAUGACCCUUUUGUAAGUACUCUGUAAUUGGCUGAAGGUACUAAUAAUCCUAAUAAUAAUCAUUUAAUGUU